UCGGUAUAUCCUCAACUCCCACCGGAAAAAACGAGAACGAAUUUUUUAAUUUUUACGCGUGCUCGUAACGUUCUAGAGAGAGAGAGAGAGAUGGCUGCAGCUUCUUCGAGAAUCUUGUCAGCCGCCGCCGAGAAGGUGGGGGCCGCUGCUCGACGGCAAGCCCUAACCAUAACGGACACGGCGGCGGCCAGAGUACGCCACCUUUUGCAGCAGCGGCAACGCCCUUUCCUCAAGCUCGGCGUCAAGGCUCGCGGCUGCAACGGCUUAUCUUACACCCUUAAUUACGCAGAUGAGAAAGCGAGGUUUGAUGAGUUGGUUGAAGAUAAAGGUGUGAAGAUAUUGAUUGAUCCAAAGGCUCUCAUGCAUGUCAUAGGAACCACGAUGGAUUUUGUCGAUGACAAACUCAGAUCUGAGUUCAUAUUUAUCAAUCCCAACUCUAAAGGGCAGUGUGGAUGUGGAGAAUCUUUCAUGACAAGCGGUGCAGAAGCUGCAAAGUCCGGUGGUAGUUCGAAAUCGUAAUCCAUGUUCAUAUUUAAGAUCACUAAACCAAUGCGUACACUUAUGACUCAAAGUUCCAGAUUCCAUGGGCGGUAUUUGUUGGGAUAAUAAAUCCCGUAACGUUGUAUACUAUUCAUUCGAUUCUAGUGAUAUAUACAGUUCCAGUAGAUUCAAGGUGAUUGUAAUGUAAUGACUAAUGAGGACAAAUGCGAGAGUCCCUAUUGUACAUGAGAGAUAAAAAAAAAAUUCUUUCUAUUUGAGUGCUGUUCUCCCGAUUGAUUGGGAUUGAGUUUUGCCGAUUUA